AUGAGCAACGAAAACAGUGGUCGCCUUGGCGGGAAAGUGGCCAUCGUUACCGGAGGGUCUCGAGGUAUCGGCGAGCGCAUUGCACUCGAACUUGCGCAGAAUGGAGCAAAGGUCUCGGUUACCUAUACCUCCAGCGGAAGCGAAAAGCAGGUGGACUCUCUGAUCGAAACCAUCAACGGACUCGGCAACGGCUCUGCUGCCAUUAGUAUAAAGGCCGAUCUGCGAGACCCCAACUCGCCGGCCAAAAUAGUAACCGAAACAAUCAAGCACUUUGGCGAGCAUAUUGACAUCCUGGUUAACAAUGCCGGCGUCGAACUCGUCAAGCCUAUCCCAGACAUCACUGUCGAUGACUUUAGCUUCGUCUACGACCUCAACGUCCGCGCACCGCUGCUUAUGCUCCAAUCGGUUCUCCCACACUUACGCGCCCCAGGGCGAAUCAUCAACAUCGGCUCUGUAGGUGGACGGAGCGGCUUCAAGCAGCUUUCCGUAUAUUGCUCCUCAAAGGCGGCUCUGGAAGGAAUGACGAGAUGCUGGGCUGCCGAGUUGGGGAGUGCUGGACACACGGUUAAUUGUGUGAACCCGGGCCCCGUUCAGACGGAUCUCAUCGGGAAUAUUCCGCAGGAGACGGUGAAGAUGCAGAAGGAUUCGACUCCGAUACAGAAUAGAUUGGGCACCGUCGAGGAUAUCGCGCCGGUGGUUGUUUGGCUUGCGAGUGAGGGGAGUAGGUGGAUUACGGGGCAGGUUAUUUCGGCUAGUGGGGGGUGGGCUAUGUACUAA